AUGGCAAAGGCUCGUACUAAGAAGCGCACUCACGCUCGUCCCCAAAAUGCUACUGCUGCGGCGAAGGGGAGCGCCGCGACCAUGAGCAAAACGCCCAAGUCGAUGGUGAUUCGAGUCGGCGGUUCACAAGUCGGUACCAGCGUCAGCCAGCUGGUGCAGGAUGUGCGGACAAUGAUGGAGCCUGACACUGCUGUGCGAUUGAAGGAACGCAAAUCCAACCGUCUGAGAGAUUACACCGUCAUGGCCGGACCGCUCGGCGUAACACACCUGAUGCUGUUCUCCAAGUCCGCGACCGGAAACACCAACAUGCGUCUGGCGCUGACGCCGCGCGGCCCGACCCUCCACUUCAAGGUCGAAAACUACUCCCUCUGCCGAGACGUCGAGCGGGCGCUGAAGCGGCCCCGCGGCGGCGGCCAGGACCACAAGACUCCGCCGCUGCUGGUGAUGAACAACUUCAACUCACCCAACGCGACCGAGACGUCCAAGGUGCCGAAGCGUCUGGAGAGCCUCACGACGACCGUCUUCCAGUCGCUCUUCCCACCAAUCAAUCCGCAAGCGACGCCGCUGCACUCGAUCCGCCGUGUGAUGCUCCUGAACCGGGAGCUGUCCGGAAAGAAUGGGGAGGACGAAAAGGAGGAGGACUCGUACGUGCUGAACCUGCGCCACUACGCCAUCACGACGCGGAAAACGGGCAUCCCGAAGCGCAUUCGUCGGCUGGACCCCAAGGAGAUCCGCAACAAGGAGAAGGCCAAGUCAGCGGUCCCGAAUUUGGGCAAGCUGGAGGAUGCGGCAGACUAUCUGUUGGACCCCUCCGCCGCUGGGUACACCUCUGCCAGUGAGACGGAACUGGACACCGACGCCGAGGUGGAGGUUGCGGAGAGCACGACGAAAAAGGUGCUGACGAAGCGGGAGCUGCAGCGCAUGAAGUCGGGAGACAAGGAGAAGGCUCAGAAGAAACUGGAUGCGGCUCCGGGGGUGGAGAAGCGUGCCGUGAAGCUGGUGGAGCUAGGACCGCGCAUGAGGCUCCGUCUGAUCAAGGUCGAGGAGGGCCUGUGUGAGGGUCGGAUCAUGUGGCACGAUUAUAUCAAAAAGUCUGAGGCGGAAGUGAAGAAUCUCGAUAAGAGCUGGGAGCAACGGAAGAAGGAGAAGGAGGAGAGAAAGAGACAGCAGAAGGAGAACAUCGAGAAGAAGAAGCAGGCCAAGGUGCAGGCUAAGGCUGAAGGAAAAGAGGUGCCUGAGGACGAUGAUGAUGACGAAGAAGAUGUCGAUAUGGACGAUGAUGACUGGCUCAGCGACGAUUUCGAUGACGAGAACCAAGACGAGGUUGAGGGUGAUGAGGAUGACUCUAUGGAGGAAUAA